GGCCAUACAUGGACAUGCAGUCACCUCCUGAAGCCUCUCCAGAAACGCCACUGAUGCCCCGCCGACUCCCAUGAAGGAGGCAGUAAAACACAGACGGAUAAAGGGAAAAUCAGAGAGGGCAAAACAGCAAGCAAAGGCAGAAAGAGAGAAAGCUGCAGAUCCAUAAUCUCCACAGCAGAGAAACACUUAGAGGGCGGCAGGCGAUUCUGUCUAUCUUGCAACUUCAGGAACCAUCAUCACAAUUUAAUAAGAAUUUGAAAGGCUGCGGCUCUGCAACAAAUCUGUCUUCAGCGGGCGAGAGAGCUUGACUCAGACAGGAGGGAGGCCAGACACAAAUGUUUUAACGCUUUCCUUCCUGGAUUCUGUAGGAAAUCCCUGCAGCAAUAAAUCUGUCGUGGCAAUAUCCAGGAAGCACUUUAUUACUGUUUUACACGUGUUCCGCUGCUCCGAGGCUGCUGGAAUUUAAAGAAGUUCUGUUGUUCUGUCAGGAGAGUCCAUGUCCUGAAGUGGAACGUCCUGCUGUUUAGGAGAACCGACCGACGGCUGCACAGAAAACGGAAUUUUUCCAGCCGGUUCUCAACAUUCAGGAGGUUUUCUGGAACUUUUAUUGUGUAAAGAACCGGGAUCUUCAAAAUAAAAGACGGGUGUAUCCAUCCGAUGCCUUCCUGUUCCUCCCUGGCGGUUUAUUCAUGGCUUGACCCCUGACUACCCUCCUCCCUCCUCCCCCGUCCUCCCCCGCCAACAUGUCUGCCGCCCUCACCUCCCAGCCGGGCCUUUAACCGAGACGCUCACCUGCGACCCGUCACCUCCGCCUUCCCCUCCGCCCACCAAGGACGCCGCUCUCAAACUCACUGCAGGCUUUGAUGCAAGAUGGCGGCCGGCGUGGCGACGUGGCUGCCGUUUGCUCGGGCGGCGGCGGUGGGAUGGCUGCCGCUGGCCAAGAAGACGAUGCCCAAACCUCCGGUGGACAACUCCUCCAGAUCAGAUGAGAUCCUCUACGUCAACGUCAGCGGGGUCCGCUUUCAGACAUGGAAGAACACUCUGGACCGUUACCCCGAGACGCUGCUGGGCUCUUCAGAGAAAGAGUUCUUCUACAACGAGGACACGCAGGAAUAUUUCUUCGACCGAGACCCCGAGAUGUUCCGACAUAUUCUGAACUUUUACCGCACUGGGAAGCUCCACUAUCCACGAAACGAGUGCAUCCAGGCCUUCGACGAGGAGCUGGCCUUCUACGGCAUCGUGCCCGAGAUCAUCGGAGACUGCUGCAUGGAGGAAUACCGGGACAGGAAAAAGGAGAACCAGGAGCGCCUGGCCGAGGACACGGAGGCCAAUGAGGCGUCGGACGCCCCCCUACCGCCCCACAGCACCUCCAGGGAGCGUCUGUGGCGAGCCUUCGAGAACCCCCACACCUCCACCAUGGCGCUGGUCUUCUACUACGUCACCGGCUUCUUCAUCGCCGUGUCCGUCAUCGCCAACGUGGUGGAGACGGUUCCCUGCCGGCCUCCCAAGGGCAGCGUGAAGGACCUGCCAUGCGGAGAGAAGUACCAGCUGGCCUUCUUCUGCAUGGACACUGCCUGCGUGCUGAUCUUCACCUUCGAGUACCUGAUGCGUCUGUUCGCCGCGCCCAGCCGCUGCAAGUUCAUGCGCUCGGUGAUGUCGGUGAUCGACGUGGUGGCCAUCAUGCCCUACUACAUCGGCCUGGUGAUGCCCGAGAACGAGGACGUGAGCGGCGCCUUCGUUACGCUGCGGGUCUUCCGCGUCUUCCGGAUCUUCAAGUUCUCGCGCCACUCGCAGGGCUUGCGGAUUUUGGGCUACACGCUGAAGAGCUGCGCCUCGGAGCUGGGCUUCCUGCUCUUCUCCCUCACCAUGGCCAUCAUCAUCUUUGCCACCGUCAUGUUCUACGCCGAGAAGGGCACCAAGGGCUCCACCUUCACCUCCAUCCCUGCUUCCUUCUGGUACACCAUCGUCACCAUGACGACGCUGGGAUAUGGCGACAUGGUUCCAAACACCAUCGCUGGGAAGAUCUUUGGGUCGAUCUGUUCUCUGAGUGGCGUUCUGGUCAUCGCCCUGCCGGUUCCCGUCAUCGUGUCCAACUUCAGCCGGAUCUACCACCAGAACCAGAGGGCCGACAAGAUGAGAGCCCAGCAGAAAGUGCGUUUGGCUCGGAUCCGUAUGGCAAAGAAAGGAACAACCAACGCCUUCCUCCAGUACAAAGAAGACAGAGCCAUCGGGGACCGGGACAGCGACAGCACUGCUCUGUGUGUGAAGAACCGAUCGGCCUUCGAACACCAACAUCACCACCUGCUGCACUGUCUGGAGAAAACCACGAACCAUGAGUUCACCGAUGAGAUGACCUACAGCGAGCUGUGCAUGACCGAGUCGGUGGGCUUCAGGACCAGUCGCAGCACUUCCCUGUCCAGCCAACAGGGGGCGCAGAACAACUCUACCGGCUGCUGCCCCCGCCGGGCCCGAAGAAGAGCCGCCAUGAGGCUAGCUAACUCCACGGUGUCCGUUAGCCGAGGCAGCGUCCAGGAGCUGGACAUGCUGCACGUCAAGACCACCUCCAUACCGCCGCAAACUCGCUCCAGUCUGAAUGCCCAAGCCGACGACCUGAAGCUGAACUGUGGAGAACAAGACUUCACCGCUGCCAUCAUCAGCAUUCCCACGCCGCCCGCCAACACGCCGGACGAGAGCCUCCCGCCGUCGCCAGCCCCCAUCCCCGGCAUCCUGCGCAACACCCGGGCCACCGCCUACACCCACGACACCGUCAAGAUCUCCUCCUUAUAACCUUCACCCGCCAACCGUCCUGUCCUCACCCAUCCCUCGGCCCCAACCAGCCACUUCCCCCCGAUCUACUUUGAGCCUCUGAUCCUGGUCCGGGGCACCUGGCUCGGAUUCUGAGACACCGUGGAUUGUUUUUUGGUGGAUUACAUGGAACCAAUUGACCAGUUAGAAGACAAAAUGUACAAACAUAAACAUGGCAGCCACCCAGAGCUCUGAGGGCAAGCUAACGCUAAAGGCUCAAAGAUGCAGUUUUCCUCCUUAAACUUUCCUUUCACGCAUUUCAGCCUCACCACACACUUACCCCAUCUGCCCCCGCACAAUCUGACCUUUUGGAUCUCUUUGCACAAAACCCCUCGAGGAUUCAUCAAGGGGCAUCGAUGGAAUAGACUCUUAAAGGCGCCGACACUAACUGAAGGUUUGGAUUUGUUGGCACCACCUUUAAACUUCAUGCUUUAGAGGAGGACAGUGGUCGUAUUUUUUAUCUCAGCCUGGUUUGAUUGGACGAAUGGAUGGUUAGUUUGGAAAAGAUGGUUUGUAGGAAACCAAACAACCUUCUUUGGAUGUUGGACAGAAACUAAUGAUGAGUGUGGAUUGGUGUUUUGGCGUUACUCAGAUUUUUUAUUUGGAUUGACUUGUUUUUCUUUCCAAUGACAGACUCCAUCUUCAGGGCAGCGACAGCUGAGAACUUUGUUGGUUUAUACCCAAACAAGGACAAAAUGUGAAUCUUGAGUCAGAUGGAGUUUGGGAAUAUGUGUGGAUGAUCUGGGGAACCACUUCAGGUUAGGAAUUUCAAUUAGAAUGAGGAAAUCGUGAGCGGGAACUCUUGAGGUUUUAUCAGAAUCCAGCUGGACGAGUUGAAGAACGACACAGAAACACACAAACCAAACUGAUUUUUGUGAUUUCAAGGAGCUGAACUGGACUAAACCUGAGCUUUUCUAACUGUGUUUAGCUCAGUUUGGACUACUGGACUGGAUUUACGUGGUCUGAUGAGAACUGGUCUGAUGUAGCUCCGAAGUGUUCGUCACUGACACCCAGACCAGGAUCGAGAGAAAGCCUUUUACUUUUCAGAAUAUGCAACAUUACAACAAGCAGGAAAAUAGCAUCAACAAAUGAAGCGAAUAAUAUUAAUAACAGUAAUAAUGUGUGUUUAAGAACUACAGUAAUUAUCGCAGCAGGGAACAAAAUGUAAAGCAACUAAGAAAUUCACUCGUUAUGUGAGAGAACAUAACGAGUUUCUGCAAUAGAUUUAACGGGGAAAGGAAACGCUGAACGCUCGUCGGCCUCCAGGUUCGAUCUGAUGACGCGCACUUCAGAAAAAUGAUCCUCAUUGGUGGAAAAAGUCACCGCGCUGCAUCUAACUCGACUUUUAUGAACUUUAAUGUCUGAGCUCCACCAGUUCGGAGAGUUUUCCAAUGUCUGCUCACCUGCAAAUCACCAAAACCAAAGUGGGGCCUUCGGAUAUUAUUUAUUCCCGUAUUUAUUUCCCUCUGAGGGAGAUUUUCUGGUUAGGGCAGCUGAUGACAGUAGCUGGGGUAAAGUUUGGUGAUUUGCUGGUGGAGACAUGUGAAACACAGUCAAGAAAAGUCUUUAAAAGAUUUCAUUUUCCUCCCCAAAAUGCCGUUAACCAUUAAAGUGGGUCAGGUUAAUGAGAUCCAGGUAAACGAGCAAAAAGCAUCACGUUAGUACAAAACAUGUUCAAAAUGACUCAAACUUUGUUCAAAAUGACUAAAAAGUCGUCUAAAAUCACCCAAAACCUUCUGAAAUGAUCCAAAUGAUGGCAAGGGGUUAAAAAAUGAGCAGGAAGUUGUAAAAAAAAAAUUUGAAACUACUUCAAAAUUGCUGAACAUUUUUCCACAACGUCUGGAACCUUGUUUAGAAUGAGGUGAAAUUUGUCCAAAGUGCAUCAAAAAUUUGUCGGAAAUGACUGGAACCUGGUCCAGAAUGACCUGAACUUAGUCUAAAGUCGAAAAAUGUUCAGAGGUUCUUAAACGUUGCCUCAAAGUGUUUUAAACUUGUCCCUAAUGAUUUGAAAACCUCUAAAAUGCCUCAAUAACCAUCCAAAGUGACUCAAAAAUGUGUCAAAAAUGACUGGAACCUGGUCCAGAAUGACCUGAACUUGGUCUAAAAUCACUCAGAAGGUGUUCAGAGUUUCUUAAACUUUGUCUCAAAGUGUUUUAAACUUGUCCCUAAUGAUUUGAAAACCUCUAAAAUGCCUCAAUAACCAUCCAAAACGUCCAAAGCGACGCGUCCUCACGUUGAAUCUUUUUCGAUGCUGCACGCCGUCGGCCAUGUUUGACCUCAGCCGCAAGGCAUUGAAGCGUUUCCUUGACUUCCUCAGAAGCGACGCGAGACAACGACGUACAUACUGUAACAUAUUUUGUAUCAUAAACUUUCACCUGCAUCUUCCAAUCAAACCCUCGAACCUAAAAAGCAAAACAAACAAAAAAAAGAGAAAAGAUCGAUGGAAGUCGUCGGCAGGCGUCCGUCCGUGCAUGAGCCUCGUACAGUAGAAGUAGCACUACUGAUCAUAGGAUUAUCAACCAUAUCAGAAAAAACACGACACAUGGGGAAGGCAUCAUCCGGUGUUUGCAUGAGGACUCUUAGUUUCCCCGUUGGUUUGUUUUCUUCAUCUUCCACCCAAACCUUCUCCAGACGAGUGUUCGCACCACCGAGCAGAUUAUCCGAACCGUUCAGGCAUGUUCCUGCCAGAAUGCAGAGUGUGUGCGCCGCCGGCUGUUUGUUUGUAUGAAGGUGUUUGUAUGAUGAGCAGUCACAAAUAUGCAUGGAUACCGUUAUAGGUAUUUUAUCUGUUUUCUCCUGCAGUUCGAAGACGGAGAGUCAAGACUGAACGAAGCGAGAGUUGGACGCUUGGUUUUACUGCUUCCACUGUGUCACCUCCAUCUUUAUCGUCCAACACCAGAAUAAAGUCCUGGAUCUGCUGAAAGUAACCAGAAAAACAACCUCAAGCUGUUUUAGUCCGCGCUGUUUGCAGUAUUUUUACUGCUUAAAUUAACACUUGGAGUUUAUAAAUAUCAUUUAAUAUUGUCAUGAAGCUGCAAAAACGGAUAAAACAACAGCAGCACUUAUUAACGUCCAACUUCACAUACAGACCUGAUCAAAAUCUUAGGACCAGUUGAAAAAUCGCUAGAAUUUACCUUUUGCACAUUUGGAUCUUAAUGAGGUUUUAAGUAGAGCUACAAUAUGCAAAAGCAAGAAGGGGGAGUGAGACAAAAAGCACUUUGAAAAAGUAAUUUCUUGAAAACAAGUAAACUGAAAUAGGCUGUUUAUCAGCUGAUCAAAAGUUUAAGACCAUCGCUCAAAAAAUUACAAAAAACUCUCCAAACCAGAACAAAAAAUGUUCUCAGUAGGACUCAGUAAUGAGUAGCUCCACCGUUCUUGUUAAUCACUUCAAAAAUUCGUUUGGGCAUGCUUGAUGCGAGUGUUUCCAGGAGGCUGGUGGGAAUGUUGCGCCAAGUGGUGAAGAUGGCUUCACGAAGGGCAUCAACUGUCUGGAACUGAUGACCAUUUUUAUAAACUUCCCUUGCUAUCCAUCCCCAAAUGUUCUCUAUGGGAUUUAAAUCAGGGGAACAUGCGGGAUGGUCCAAAAGAAUGGAAGAGUGAUGUUAUUCUCCCUGAAGAAGUCCUUGGUCAAGCGAGCAUUGUGAACUGCAGUGUUGUCCUGUUGAAAAACCCAGCUGUUACCACACAGACGAGGGCCCUCAGUCAUGAGGGAUGCCUGCUGCAACAUCUGCACGUAACCAGCCGCCGUUUGACGACCUGCACCACCUGAAGCUCCAGUGUUCCACUGAAUGAAAAAGCACCCAGAUCAUGAUGGAACCCCCUCCACUGUGCCGGGUAGAAAACAUCUCAGGUGGGAUCUCCUUGUCAUGCCAGUAACGUUGGAAGCCAUCUGGACCAUCAAGGUUACAUUUUUUCUCAUCAGAGAAUAAAACUUUUUUGCACCUUUCAAUGUCCCAUGUUUGAUGCUCCCUGGCAAAGUCUAAAGGCGCAGUUUUGUGGCGUUGUAGGAGACGAGGUCUUUAAAUUGUUUUUUUGUUUUUGAAACCCUUUUCCCGUAGAUGCCGUCUGAUGGUUAUUGCGCUGCAGUCGGCACCAGUAAGGGCCUUAAUUUGGGUCGAGGACCGCCCUGUGUCUUGACGGACAGCCAAUCGGAUCCUCCGGCUCAGCCCAGGUGUCAUUUUUUUGGGUCUACCACUUGACUUUUUUGUUCCAUAAUGCUCAGGAUCUUUCAAAAAAUUUAGAAUGACUGUCUUACUGCGUCCAACCUCAGCAGCAAUGGCACACUGCGAGAGGCCUUGCUUAUGCAGCUCGACGAUCUGACCACGUUCAAGAAGAGAAAGCUUCUUAGCUUUAGCCAUCAGGAGGGCAUGACCAUGUGAAUGCCUGACAGAAGGUGAGAAUUUUGAGCAGAUUUGGGCUUUUAUAGCCUGUGGUCUUAAACUUUUGAUCAGCUGAUAAACAGCCUAUUUCAGUUUACUUGUUUUCAAGAAAUUACUUUUUCAAAGUGCUUUUUGUCUCACUCCCCCUUCUUGCUUUUGCAUAUUGUAGCUCUACUUAAAACCUCAUUAAGAUCCAAAUGUGCAAAAGGUAAAUUCUAGCUAUUUUUCAACUGGUCUUAAGAUUUUGAUCAGGUCUGUAUUUCUUCUAAGUUGUGAAUAAUAAACUGGCUGUAGUUACAUCCUCCAGCCACCAGGCGGCGCUGCCCAGACAGAUAAAUAGUAAAAAUAUUGGAAAAGUCCAGAAGUCAAGAUUAUAAGUUGAUUAAUUUGCACCAUGAUGAUUAUUAUGUUCAGUGAAUGUCUCUUAAACUGGUCAAAAACAGUUUCAAUUAAUCUGUGGUCUUCCAUACAUACGGAGGCCAACAACAGCCCAGCAAUUACUCUUUUUAGAAUUUUCUUCUCACUGAUUUGUUUUUUUUUAAAAAUUCAUCUUUUUGUUUUUCUUGUGAUGUCAAACUAUAACUCAAGAUAAAUAAAUAAGAAAUAGCAAACAUGGCCACUCUUGGCUUCCGUACAUACAGAAGAAUACAAAAUAACUAAUAAAAAAUUUAAUAUCUGCACUCAUGGUUGGUUUUGGCUUCUAUAAUAACUACAGACAUUUUAAUCUCCAUUUUCUAAUUAUUUCAUUAGCUCAAGAAGUCUUUUCCAGAUAUAGAAACCUCAGCGUAACAUUAAAAACACAGUCACACUAAUAGCCGUUCUUGUCUUCUGUACAAAUACGGAUGUUGUGGCUGUCACUGUUUAUUUCUGUUUAUUUAACGUUUAUUUCUUGACAAAACUGACUUUUGUUUACUCGAGGUAACGAAAAAACUUGUGAUCUCAGCAGCAUUUUAAAAAGAAAGCGUUCUUGGCUUCCAUACAAAUACAAAAGGUCUGCUGUGAUCGCAGCUUUCUCAAAAUAAAUUAUUUUACUGUCGAGACAUCAGGGCUGUUUUCCUUAAGUUGUAAUCUUUAUUAAGUUGUAAUCUCGAGAACACGUGGUGAGGAACGAAUCAACGUGACGUUUAACGUUUAAAUGUUCAUGCCGGGGCUGAUGGGUAAACCGACUCUGGGAUAAAUUCCACGACUGCCCAGAAUUUUAGUGUUUUGAAGUCAUGACGUCGUAUUUUUUACCAACACUGAAGCUGUUAAGGAAUCAUGUGAAAUGAAUUCAGCAGCACACAUGAUGGUGGUCUAAGAACUGGAUCGUAAUUUUACUUUCAUGUGUUUUUUUUCUUUCAGCCGGUCGCCACAGGCUGCACGGGACUUUGUCUUUUCAUAUUUCAUCAUCUUUUCAUUCAGGAGGUUUUCCUGUGACACCUUUAGGUUGAUUUAGAUCUCAGUGUUUUAGUUAAAGGCAGGUCGAGGUGCUGAGUUUUGUCUCUAACAGCUGGUUUUACAGAAGCUGCAGUUACACAUCAGCCUCACAUCUAAAGGUCACUUUUUCACAUCUGGUCGGACUGAACGUGACAAACAAACAGAGAACAGUGAAUAAAUGAUAAAGAUGGAGGCAACAUUUCAGCCGGUGUUCAGUCUCAGAGGGACGAAUGAAUGAAUGAUGGAGAAAACAGCAUUAAAGCACAGAGGUGUAUAUUCCAUUCCACUAAUAAAGACAACAGAAACCAGAA